AUGAUCAAUUCAUCAUCAUCAAAUGUUCCACCUCCUCCACCACUGCAACAACAACCAUUAGUAGUAAAUAAUACUAGUACUAAUACCACUAAUAAUAAUAAUAAUACUUUUAUAAAUAAUUUUAUAUCAAAUAUAAAUGGUAAUGAAUUAAAUUCAAUUAAAUCAAAAUUAAAAAAACCAACCAAUCAACAUGUAGUUGAUUUUAAAGAAAGAUAUGAACAAGCCUUAAGAAAUGAACAAGAUGAAAAAUCAAAAUUAUUUAAUAGAAAAUUUAUUUAUUGUAAUAAUAACAAUUCAUGGAUUAGAAUUGAAAAUAAUUUAAAUAAUUUAAAUAAUAAUGAAAAUAUAAUUAAAAAUAUAUAUAAUGAAAUGAUUGAAUUUCCUAAAGAAUUAAAAAUAAUAACAUUAAAUACAUGGUUUGCAAAUAUAUUACAAGAUCAAAGAUAUACAGAACAAUUAAAUGUAUUUAAAAAUUUAAAUGUAGAUAUUAUAUGUUUACAAGAAGUAAUACCUUUAUAUGUAAUUGAUUUUAUUACUAAAAAUGAUUUUAUUAAAAAUAAUUAUAUUAUAUCUGAUAUAGAUGGUAAUUCUAUUGAUCCAUAUGGUGUUAUGAUUUUAAUUAAAAAAAAUUUACCUAUUUUAGAUAUUAAAAUUAAUAAAUUAACAACUAGAAUGGGUAGAUGUUUAAUUAAUUGUACUUUUGCUAAAAAUAUACCAAAUUUAGAUAUUUAUUUAAAAUAUUUAAAUUCUAUUAAUAAUAAUGAUAUUAAUAGUAAUAUUGAAGAAUUAGAAAAAUUAAUACCAACCUAUGCUAUAAUUGGAACAGUACAUUUAGAAUCAUUAUCAUCUAAAGAAAGAAGACAUGUACAAUUAAAUGAAAUUUAUUCUAUUUAUAAUCAAUAUCCAAAUACAGAAAUUAAAAUGUUAAUGGGUGAUUUUAAUUUUGAUUCAUCUUCAAUUGAAAAUGAUCAAUUAUUAACAGGUAAUUAUAAAGAUUAUAAAGAUAUUUGGUAUUAUUUAUAUCCAAAUAUAGAAGGUAAAACAUUUUUAUAUCAAAAUAAUAGAAAAGGUCAAAGAUUAGAUAGAAUUUUAUUAAAUUCUAAAAAUUAUAUUCCAAAAGAAAUUAAAAUUAUUGGAAAUGAAAAAUUAAUUUUAAAUGAACAAGAUCAAUUAAAAUUAAAACAAUCUUUUAGUUUGGAUUAUACAUGUAUGAGUGAUCAUUUUGGUUUAUAUUCUGAAAUUUAUAAUAUUGAAUGA